AAACAAGGAAGUAGACUGAAUGAACAACAUAAAAACAGAAGUCGGUUGUUUUAUUUUUGAUUGAAUGCGUAUUUACGCCUGUAAUCGACUCCAGAUUAUUUUCUACAUUUCUACAUUUGCUUUGUAGUAUAUUUAAAAGUUUCUCGGUCUUUAUUUAAUAUAUAUGUGUUUAUUUCGGUAAUGCUAACCUUCUUAGCUGGCUCGUUAGCAGCGGUGACAGGUGACAGGUGCUUUUAUUAAUAUGGUGCAGAACGUGUUUCGGAGCGGGUUUCUGGUCCGGGUCGCUCACACACUGCUCACCUGGAUCAUAACCGUCAUUCUGUUCCUGCACAACACUAGCUUGCGGAGAUGUGAGGAGCAGGGAGAGCUGCUGCUGCCGGCUCUCUUCUUCUUGCUGGUCGUUCUGUCAGUGCUGUUGUACUUUGCCGUUUCCCUGAUGGACCCCGGCUUUGUGCUCAAUGACACUGUCAAGGGCGCUCAGAGUCCGAAUGAAGAAAUGGAGGCGAUGAUCCCUCAGUCAUCGACCCCUCGUUUGAGGCGCUGUGGAUACUGCCUGCUGCAGCAGCCAAUGAGAGCGAAGCACUGCCACAUGUGUAAACGCUGCGUCCAUCGCUUCGACCACCACUGCCCGUGGAUUGAGAACUGCGUGGGAGAGAGGAACCACCGCUGGUUCAUCAUCUACCUGCUGGUGCAGCUGCUCACCCUGCUGUCGGGCCUUCACGUCGCUCUGUCAGGCAUUUCUCCUGCUCUUACGUGGGAGCAGUGGUUCAGGGUGAAUGGCUUUCUGCUGGCAGCGUUGUGCAUAGUCGGGAUUUUCUCCGUGGUUGUGGUGGUGCUGCUAGGCUCCCACUUGUACCUGAUUUCUAUCAAUUGCACCACCUGGGAGUUCAUGUCCCGCCACAGGAUCUCAUACCUGAAGACCUGCAAGGACGAGGAGAAUCCGUUCGACCGUGGCGUCCUCUGCAACUUGUGGGAUUUCUUCUGCAUCUGCAGGACGGUGAUGUGGGAGAAGGUUUACCACAGAAACACGUUGAAUCCAGUCUGACCCCACAGAGGCUGGAGUCAACUAAUCUCUGACUGGUUUUGUAUUUUCACAAAGAUGAAAACAGGAGAAUGAGAAAGUGUUUGUCUUUAAUUGUUUUAUCCAGAUACAAAAAUCAAAAGGAAACUUUUUGGACUGAAACAGCAGACCGUCUCAGGAGGAUUGUAAUCACUCUGGUGCUCCCAGCAGUUCCUGUUCUUGGCUGGAAACUCGGACUUGUUUUCAUGUAACAAAUUAAUCCAAACCUCAGAGGUAUCUGUGCGCAGUGUUGCCUUAACACAAUCCCUUUACCCGUAUUUACAAUUAACAUUGAAACACACGUUCAGUGUUGGUGUUUCACCGUGUGAUGCGCAACAGCUGAUGUCACGGGUUUGCAUGUGGGGGUGUUUUUGACGUGUGUCACUGGCUCCGUUUGAUUAUUCCAGCUACACUUUGAGAAGGUCAGCGGACGUAAAUAAAUAAAAGAACCUGAUAGUCCGCACAUCUCUUAAUAUGGAAAGGAUAACUGGAGUUGGACCUUGUUUCAGUCUCAGCACCUUGUUAGUGCUGCCUGUGAUUUUAUGAACCAAAAGAUGCACUUAGUGUUAACGGCACAUUAAAGGGCUCAUUUUUAUUCUUGGAUUCUAGACUAGCCUUCCAUGAUUCAAGGCUCAAAAUAAUCUUUGGUACAGCCUCUCAGUUCGUUCUCUGUCUGAAACAAGCUGCUUUAACUCCUCCCUCUUUAAACAAACUGUCUUCUGUUUGGCUGUUAUCUGCAAACAGAAGGUUUGAACACCCAGUGGGCGGGGCUUCUAAGCUAAAAGAGCAUAGGCUGUGUAUAGAAGUUGGAUUUAGUUGAUGUGAUGUGACCACUGGUUUGCAAAGGCUCGUCUUAAACACUUUCCCCCAUAAACAGGACAUCUGAACACUUAAUGAAGAGUUAUUCUUCGUCUAGCUAUCGUCUUUGCUUGUUGAAACCAGACACCAGUCACAAAGCAAACCACGCUGCAUCAUCAUCAUAUAUUAGGGAUAUACAAAGAACAGAAGAACAGUUUGAAUCUGAGCAUUAAGAGCAGUCUGAAAUCUCAGCUUUUGGCUCUCAGUUAUGUUUGACUCUUCAGUCAGAAAGAGGAAGAGAAGGAAAAGCAGAUCCAUGUUAAGUGUUUUCUGAAUGUCAAACUGAGCUCUCUUGCCUUGAAGUUAGGUGGUGUUUAAAAUAUCAGUGUACAAGUGGCACAUAAGUUGUUUGGGUUUUUUUUAAAAAGUUGAAUAAAAGACAAAAAUAAGCACUAAAUGUGAUUGAAACACUCAGGUUUGGUCACUGCUCUCUGUAAAGCACGGUUGUCAAAUAUAAGGCCCGGGGGCCAGAAUUGGCUCAGCAAAGACUCCAAUCUGGUCCAUGUGUGAAAUUUGUAACGCUGACAGAAGGGAGAAGUUUGACAUCCCUGCUGUGAAGGUUUCUGUUGUUAAGUGAUGAGAGUGGUGACCCCACAUUAUUUACACUAAAUGCCUUUAAACCUGCUGAUGUUUGGUACCUGCCUGUAAACUGAUGUCAGUAAGUUCAUUUUUUACCAAGUUUUAACUGUAAUGUUCUGUUUGUAUUUAUUGACAACAAAGAGUACAUUAAAACACAGAUGAUAUGCA